AUGUCGCGGGUCACGUGUCCCCUGGAAAACUGGGCGCUCGUGAAACAGGGGCGGAAAAGCCAGGCGACGUUUUGCAUUGUCGUGGAAACAGGAAGUGAUGAGCGGGAAGACCCGGAGCUCGGGGUCCAAGCCCCUGCUCCGGAAGCCGAGGCCCAGGCCGACUCGGAGGACUGCCGUCCCGAGAGCACGCAGGGGGCCGGAGCCGACAGACGGGGCAAGGCGACCACCCAGGACCGGGCUCGGGCCGCUCUCCUGCGGAAGGAGCUGGGCGACCUGGCCCAGCAGCGCGCGGACGGGGAGCUCUCCAUCCAGAAGGCCAGGGAGGAGCUGCAGGCCUGCUGCCGGCGGACGGACCUCCUCACCAAGCAGCAGCAGAGCGUGGCGGCCGAGACGGAGGCGGAGAGAGAGGCCCACAACACCGCAGCCGUGGGCCGCCUCCAGGCCGUGUCCAGGCGCCUGGGCGCCGAGCUGGAGAACCAGAGGGAGCUGCAGUCGAAAAUCAGGGCCGUGCUGAGGGAGAGCGAGCGCGCCAUGUGGCACAUCGAGAUCCGGGAGGGCCGGCUGCAGGCGGAGUGGAAGUCCGCGCAGGAGGAGGUGGAGGCCGCCAGGGGGCGCCGGCAGGUGCGGGCGGCGGAGCAGCUGCACCGGGAGGAGGCGGCCGAGAGGAAGGCGGAGCGGAACCGGCUGCUGAGGGCCAGGAAGGCGCUGCACCUGCAGAGGGAGAACGGGCUCCGCCACCAGCAGCUGCUGGACGACGCCAGGAAGAGCCACCGGGCGGCGGUGAAGUUCCUGAAGGCCUCCUUGGGAAGGGUGCGGGAGCGGGAGCGGGAGCAGGAGGUGCAGACCCGCGAGCACCUGCGGCGGCGCAUGGACGCCGUGCUGGCCCUGAAAAACAGCAUCACCGCCAACCGGGAAACCCUCCGGAAGUUUCAGGCGUGGGGUCAGGCCAAGGCAGAGCUGGCCGAGCAAAAAACCCAGGCUGAGAAGCAGGCGAUCGUGGCCCAGGGUGGGGACGCCUUCAAGCACCUCUUCCACCAACACCGGCGCCAGGAGCUGGAGGCCCAGAACCGGGCCUUUGAGGAGGAGCAGAGGCUCAGGAAGCAGGAGAUCGUGAGCCGGAUCUUGAAGGAGGCGGCCGAGGAGAGCAGGCGGAGGAGGCCGCACUCCCCGGCCAGAGCUGCAGUCCGGCCGACCCUGAGAGACAAGACGUGGGACUACCUCGCCGGCCUCGGCGAGGGGGGGGCUCCCUGCGCCCCCUGCUGCCCGGAGAAGGACGACGGUGCUCCCGGCCCUGAGCCCUCGCAGCUGGUGAAACGCAUGUCCAGCGAGUCCAUCCAGGUGCGCCCCGAGAGCACCAGCGGGGAGGAGGACACCCUGGCCGAGCCGGAAAUCCCCGGGCUGUGGGACAAGGACCGUGAGCGGCACCAGGCGCCCAAGGAGGGCGCGGACCGAAAGCCCGUGGGAGGCACCAAGGCGGACGAGGACAUCCUGGCCCGCACCGUGGAGCGGCUGCGCAGCGGGGUGAUCCGCAAGCAGGUGGUGUCGGGCCGCGAGUUCAGGGGCUGCCCCUUCAACAGCAAGCCCAGAGUCGUCCACUUCAAGGACUUCGACGUCGGCAGAGUGUACAAGAAGAAGAUGACGCUGACAAACGCCACCUACACCAUCAACUACUGCAGGCUGGAGGGCGUGGACGAGCACCUGCGGGACUUCAUCCACAUCGACUUCGAGCCCCCUGGCCCCAUGUCGGCCGGUAUGUCCUGCGACGUGCUCGUCACCUUCAAGCCCAUGAUCAACAAAGACCUGGACGGGAGCAUCGCGUUCCUGGCGCAGACGGGCAGGUUCGCCGUCCCGCUGAAGUGCUCCACCAAGCAGUGCUCCCUGUCCCUGGACAAGGAGCUCAUCGACUUCGGCAGCUACGUGGUGGGAGAGACUGCGUCCCGGGUCAUCACACUGACCAACACUGGGGGCCUGGGCACCAGGUUCAAGUUCCUCCCGGCCUCCGAGCCCUGCGACAUGGACAGCACCCCGUCGGUCAUGAGGCUUAGCAGCAUCUUCACGUGCGCAUACGAAGACAGAAGUUUCUACGACAAGGUCGCCUCCAGCAUCUCGGAGCAGCUGCUGGAAGGCACGUCCUCCCAGUGGGACGUGCUCAGCCAGAGGGAGCAGACGCUCAGCCACAGGGAGCACGAGGAGGGGCGCCCCGCAGAGCUGGAGGGGGCGGGCACCAUGAUAUUCUCCAACGAGGAGCAGACGGAGAUCUCACUGGGGGAGGUAACCGAGGGCGAGAUCGCCCCCUUCUCCUCCAUCAAAGUGCCCAUCACCUUCUCCCCAGUCACCCCAGGGGACAUCCAGGCCAACUUCAAGGUCACGUUCAAGAAUCGGCAGUGCCCGACUCUGUAUUUCCGGGCCGUGGGCGUGGCCGUGGCCGUGCCGGUCUGGGUGUCGAGGCCGGGCGUGGACUUGAAGAUCUGCAUGUACGACCGGCUGUACCAGGACUCCAUCGUCGUCCACACUCGGUCGAAGGUGGCCCUCCGUCUCAGGUUCGAGGUGUGCAAGGAGCUCCAGGGCCACAUGGAGCUCCUGCCACAGACGGGCUACAUCCAGGCACUGUCGUCCUGCUCCGUACAGCUGAAGUUCCUGCCCAGACACUCCCUCCCCACCGACGCAGGCCAGUACUUCGACAAAGAAAGCAGAGUUCUGGAGGCCCCGAUGACAAUACGGGUGGCUGACCAGAUCAAGCCGGUAGAGUUCACCGUCCACGCCAUAGUCACCACCUCGGACCUGGAGCUGAGCCCCUCGGAGGUGGACUUCGGCCACUGCACCAUCUACGAGGCCAUCAGGACCUCGGUCAGCCUCUACAACCGCUCCCUCCUGCCCCAGGAGUUUGGGUUCGUCGGGCUCCCUAAGUGUGUGGACAUCCAGCCCAACGACGGCUUCGGCACCAUCCUGCCGCUGGAGACGCUGGAGCUGGACGUGAUCUUCCAGCCCACCAAGGCCAAGGAGUACAGCUUUGAGCUCGUCUGCAAGUCGGAGAUCAACCGGCGCUUCAAGCUGACGUGCCGGGCCGUGGGGGUCCACCCGCCCCUGGAGCUGUCGCACUACCAGGUCAAGUUCGCGGCCACUGCCUUGUACGACACGUCCGUGGCCACGCUGUACGUCGUCAACCCGCACCUGAGCAUGAACGCGCUGACGCACAGCGUGCCCCGCAUCGGUUCCGGGGACACCUGCCCCGUGGGGCCCACGUCCUUCGAGUUCCUGCUGCCCCCGGGCUCACCCAUCACCAUCUCGCCCUCGGUGGGGACCGUGUCGCCAGGAAAGAAGUGCCUGGUCCAGGUGGCCUUCCGGCCAGUGCUGCCCAGCGAGGUGGUCCGCCAGCAGGCCUUCCAGGCCAUGAACAAAGACGGGGAGGCGAAAUUGUCCCGCAAGGAGGCGCCCGCCUCCAGGAAGGACCCGCGGAGACAGUCCCUGUCCGUGCAGCGGACGCAGCACCGCGACCGGCUGUUCCGGGCCUCCACCUCCCUCGCCCUGGAGAUGCAGAAGCAGGACCUCAAGUUCAGUCACGAGUACCAGGUGGCCCAGGCCGCCCUGGCCCGGUCGUUCCCGGGGAAGUUUGACAAGUUCGUGGUCCCCUGUGUCGUGGCCAGCGGUGACGUGGAAGGCAGGAAGGCCAUGGAGCCCCUGAGCUUCAGCCCCCACAACACCCUGUACCUGGAGCUGUGGUGCCCCGCGGUGGCCCCGUCCCUCGUAGUGACCUCUGACAAGGGCAGCACCGUCACCAGCUUCGGCGACAUCGCUGUGGGACACCGAGGCGUGAAGAAGGUCUCCAUCCAGAACAUCACCUCCGAGGACCUGGCCGUGGACUUCUCUGUGCUGAACCCCAAUGGCCCCUUCGUCCUGUUGAACCCCGUCAGCAAGCUGCCCGCAGGGCAGACACACGUCCUGGUGCUGUCCUUCUCUCCCCGCCAGAGCAUGCUGGCCCAAGAGACACUGGACAUCGUCACCAAGAGAGGCACGCUCUCCCUGACGCUCUCGGGCACCGGCGUGGCCUCCCUGAUCACGUGCUCCAUCGAAGGGGACGUCCUGAACAUGGGCUACGUGAUCGCCAGGGAGUCCGUCUCCUCCACCUUCCAGCUGCAGAACAGCUCCUCGCUGCCCAUCAAGUUCUCCAUGCAGCUGGACAGCCUCUCCAGCUCCCGGCGCGAGGACCGGCAGCAGCUGCCGCAGUUCCUCCUCUCGUCAGCCCAGAGGACGGAUGUCGUGGGCACACAGAACCACAACGGCCAGAGCGUGUUCGCCGUGGCUCCGGUGGAGGGCAUCUUGGACCCCGGGGCCGGGCAGGACUUCACCCUGACUUUCAGCCCGGACCACGAGAGCCUGUACUUCUCGGACCAGCUGCGGGUCGUCCUCUUCGAGAAGAAAGUCUCCCGGAAGAUCCUCCUGAAGGGCGCGGCCCGUGAGCACAUGAUGUUCGUGGAGGGCGGAGACCCGCUGGACGUGCCCGUGGAGUCCUUGACCGGAAUCCCGGCCGGCGACCCGGAGCACAGAGAGGACGCCGAGGAGCUGAAGCCCAUCCUGGUGACCCUGGACUACGUCCAGCUGGACACCGACACGCCAGCCCCACCCGCCACACGCGAGCUGCUGGUGGGCUGCAUCCGGACCACCCAGCUGUCCCCAAAGAAGACGGUGGAGUUCAGCCUGGACAGCGUCGCGUCCCUGCAGCACCGGGGCUUCACCGUGGAGCCCCCUCGGGGCGUGGUGGAGCGCGGCCAGACCAAGACCAUCAGCAUCUCCUGGGUGCCGCCCGCUGACUUCGACCCGGACCACCCGCUCCAGGUGUCCGCCCUGCUGCAGCUCCGGGGGGACGUGAAGGAGACCUACAAGAUCUUCUUCGUCGCUCAGGUGCUGACGGGCCCCUGAGGUCCCAGGAGCCUCUCCACGCAGCCCCCGAGACCCUCCGGCCCCCCAGAAGCACCCCCCGGUCUGUGGGCUGGGUCAGGCAGCGAG